AUGGCAACUCCAACACCCCCAACCCCCUCAGAGCCUGUCAAGCCUCUCUCGGAAUUUGAAAAGAUCGGCCACAACAUCUACAUCUGGACCUCACAAUCCUACCUCUCCAACUCACCCUCAGAAACCCCGCUUAUACUCCUCUUCGCAUGGAACGCCGCAGCCGCAAAGCACAUCGCCAAAUACACAAUAGCAUAUCAAAAGCACUUCCCCACAUCCCGCAUCCUGCUGGUCCGAUGCUACACACUCGACAUUUUCCGCCGCUCCUCGGCCUACGGACCUCUGCUCAAACCCGCUCUGGACGUUGUAGCCGCGCACGCCGAUGCCGGCGGCCAAGUCCUCGUGCACAGCUUCUCCAACGGCGGCGGGAACCAAGUCAAUGAAUUUGCCAAAGCAUGGCACAAGAGGUUUGGCACCAAGAUGCCGAUGCGCGCGCAGAUUCUCGAUUCGAGUCCGACUAAAGGUCCCUGGAUGAAGAGCCAUGCUGCGAUUUCCGCGUCGUUGCCCAAGACGCUGUUUUGGCAGUGGUUUGGCGGCGCGCUGGUACAUGUUUUGAUUCUGUUGACGUGGAUAGUUGUUUUUGUGCGACGCAAGGAGAACAAGAUGGUUGUCAUCUGUCGGGAAUUGAAUGAUGAGAAUGUUUUUGAUAAUCGCGUGCCGAGAGUGUAUCUGUAUAGUCGUGCGGAUACGAUGGUGGGGUUUGAAGAGGCAGAUGAGCAUGCGGAUAUUGCAAAGUCCAAGGGGUGGGAUGUGACGAAAGUGCAUUUUGAGAAUAGUGCGCAUUGCGGGCAUGUACGGGAGGAUGAGGAGAAGUAUUGGGCUGCGGUGAUAGCGGCCUGGAAGCAGGGGCCCAGAUGUAAUUUGUAG